AUGGUUUUUUUUUUUUUUUUUUUUUUUUUACGGUUUUUUUCCCAUGUUUUGAGUGUGGGUGUGGAUGAACCUCCUUCAGUUUUAUUACCAUGUACAAUAUGCUCUCGUACGUUUAGGCCAGAGGUCCUCGACAGACACGUAAAAGUUUGCGAGAAAACAUCUAGUAAAAAAAGACGAGUGUUCGAUUCGUUUAAAAAUCGCGUCAGCGGUACGGAAUUAGAAGAAUUCCUAGGUCCUGCUCCUCUACCGGGACAGGUGCAAAAACGAGUCGUGAAAAGUCCCGGGAAAAAAAAGGGAUCGCCCAAAUGGAAAGAAACACACGAGAAUUUAAUUGCCGUUUUGAGAGCGGCAAGAGGUGUUUCCCAACCCGCAGAUAGCGUGGAACCUCCUAAACUCAUAAGUAAUGCAGGGAAUGAACAAUGUCCAUCGUGUAAUAGAUUUUUCGGACCGAGAGCUUUCGAUCGUCACGUGGAAUUUUGCAAGGAAAAAACAGCGAGAAUGAAAAUGACUCCGUCGAAAGUGUCGGAAGCGCAAGAAAGAUUAGAAGCGAGAACAAAGUAUCGGGCACCAUUGUCGGUCAAGCAAAGAUUAACGACGAAAGAAAAAUAUUCACCCAUGCUUCCGAGGAAAGAUUCCAACGAGAUUUGCACGGCGUCGACCCUGGGCGUGUCAUCGUCGGUUAAAACGUCACCCCCGGUUCCGGGGGUUUUAAAUAGAAAUUCUAAAAGCGUCAAUCAAUCGUCGUGUUCGACCAACAAGUCGACCCUAUCCCGAAGCAAUAGCGAAAGACAACGUUCGGUUUCACCGAUGAAAAAAAAUUCCCUCAGUACUUCGAAAUCUUUUCUAAAAAAUGAUCAUUCGACGAAUAGAACGAUAUCGAAUCAAUCGUCGAAAUUGAAAGAAAAUUUAAAGGAAAAUGAAAAUUCGAGACCGAGAACGGGUUCACAGAUAUCAUCGCAAGAAAAAACCAGAAAUACUAAUAUUAAACUCCCUAAAUUGGAAAAUGAAACGUUGAAUAAAUUGAUGAUGAUGAAAGGAAAGACGCCGAGAGGGAGGGAAAAAAUGAUGAUGAUGAUGAUGAUUCCCCCCAAAUCAUCGCCAAAUUGUACCUCGGAUAACGAAAGCAACGUGACGAUGGAAAGCGAAAUGGGUGGGGGGGAAUCGACUCGUGGAAAAUUACCGAAUAAAAAUAAAAAAUGUAAAUGGAACAGUUCGGAAAGCAUAAGUAAAACCGUUCAAAAGCCGAAAGGUUUUUUUCCGGCUGGAAAAAAUUCAAUCAACGGAAAAUCGAACGCGAAUCCGAAUACGAAUAAAGUGGAGGGAGAAACGUUAAAAGAUAAAUUGCCCAAAGUGAAAAAUGAAAAAUGGAAAAUGAAAAAAUCAAGGAAGCAGCAAAAUAGGGAACAAGUCAACGAUUUGAGCGUGAACGACGAAAGCGAAAGUUUUGGAAUAUUCGUUGCUCCUUGUUAUCGCGUCACGGAACCCGGAAAUUUACCCGUUUGUAAAAUAACUCAAAAUUCCCCGGGAAAAUUUAAAAAACCCCCGGCGACAAAUUGUGUCAAAAACGGGACCGACGUCGUUAAUAAUAAUAAUAAUAAUAAUAAUGACAUCAAGUCAUCGGAAGCCGUGAAAAUGAAAUCGCCGAAAAAAAUAACAACGGAUAAAAUUACUUCUCCGAAAAAAAAAGAAAAAAAAAUGCGGGCGGACGACGAAAGUUUGGAAGCGAACGUUUCGAAAGAAAAUAAAAAAACGGGAAAAAUUUUAAAUUCGGCCAUACCCAAACCGAAACGCGAUGGAUCGUUAAAAUCCCAUCAAGAAAAAUUAAUAAUUACACAAAAAAAAACAAACGAAAAUGAUGAUGGCGAUGGGGAUGAUGGGGGGUAUGAAAAAAUGGUUGAAAAAUCAAAAGAAUCCGACGAUGUCGUCGUCCAAGUCGUCGUCGACGUCGAAGUCGAAAAAGAUGAUGAAAAAUUAAAAAUUUCGCCACCGGAAGAAGAAGAAGAGGUGAAAAUCAUAGAGAAAAAAACGGAAGAAGAAGAUGAAUUUGAACAAGAUUCGUUAAACGAGAAAAGGGAAACGAUAAAAAAAAAAGCUAAAAAAUGGCAAAAUAUAUCCGAGAUGUCAGUCGAGGACAUAAUGAAAAUGUCGGAAGAUUUUGACGUGUCCAACAGCAACAAUGACAGCAACAACAACGACAGCAACAGCAACAACAACAACGACUGCUCACAAAAUUUAUCGGAAUCGACCAUUUGGGAAAUUGCGGCUGAACAAUUUUUAAAAUCCGAAGAAUCUGCCGUCGAAAUUGAUUCCCUCAACGAAAUGAAAAAAAAAAUAAAAAUAAAAAAAAAAGAUGUCGUUAAAAAAACGAAAGGGAAAAAUCAAAUCGUCGUUGAUAAAAAAGAAGAUGAUUUUAUCGUUCUCCACGCGGCGGAUCCCGCAAAACUAUACGAAAAUGAUGCCGCAAUGAAACUGAGCAUAUCCGAACCCUGUUUCCCGUAUUCGGGUAAAACGGUUCAAAAAUCGAAAGAGAAAACGUAUUUGGAUAAAAUAAAAUCAUUCGAUCUUUUCCUAUUCAAUUCGUUCCCGUGUAAACUACAGAAAUUUUACAAGAAGAGAAAAAAAUAUAAGAAAUCGAGGAGGUUGACGAGUCUGCCAAACACUAUGCAAAUCCGUGAGAAAACAUUUCUCGCAAACGAUUUACCCAAACCCAAACGGCAAAAAUUGAUAAGUUCGAAGGUUGACAAAUUGGAAGAGUUGAUGAAUUUCAACGCGGAGAAAAUUUUCGAAACCCCACCGGUUGAAGAAUUCGAAGAGAAGAAGAAAAUUUUCAUUGAAAAUUUAAUGAAAAACGGUGGGAAAUUUGAAAAAUGGCACGUGGCAAAUAAUUUUCACGUGAAAUUCACGCAAGAUUUUCGCGAGAGCGUAGAAGACGAUUUGAAAGAGCUGGAAAAUUUGUUCAACGGUCGGAAAAAACGUAGGAGAAAAUCAUUUGCGAGAGAAUUUAAAAAGGAAAAAUUUAAAAAUCUCGUCAAGCAGAAAAAUAAUAAUGACGUCACUUUAAAAAAAAACAAUUCGAAAAGUAAUAAUAAUAAUAAUAAUAGUUUCGAUUAUCGCGAAGAAUUUUACGAAGUUUCCGGCAAAACGAAUCGGAGUAAAAAAUUUGAAUAUUUCGAAAUUAAUUUCGAAAAUGAUUUUUUCGAUGAAAAAACGGAAACGACGACGAACCUUACGAUUCCGGAUUCCGAAGAAAAGGUAGAAGAAAAGGUGGAAAUGAAAUUACAAUCUCCUCGUAAUGAGAAAACGGAAUCGAAAGUGAAAAAAUUCGAAUGUUUCGAAAUAGUAAACGAACCUGUGAAAAAAUCGAAAAAAAAUAAAAAACCAAUGGUAGAAGAACCUGAAAAGGAACCUGAAAAAGAACCUGAAAAAGAAGAGUACGAUGAUGCAAUUGUCGGGUGCGGUAAUCGUGAGGAUUUAAAUGACGAAUCGGUCGAGGAAAUGGAAAAAGAAUCCGUACCUGUUUUUAACAGGACGUCAACUCCUAAAAAAAGUUUGCACGUGUUAAAUAACGUCACGUCUUAUAAAAGUUUAGAUUUAGAAAUUACGGAUAAUUUACAUCGCGAUGAAUCGCGCCUAAAAAAAGCGACGACGACCGGGGAAAACGUGGAAGUAGACGUUUGGACAAACGAUGACGACCCAAACGAUUCGUCGAAUUUGAAUCCGUGCGAAAGCGAAGAUUUAAUAACGGUCGAUUCAUUGCAAGUUUUCAAUCAAAACAGUUCUCUCGAAAACAUAGAAGAGGUUGACGAAGAAGACGACGACAGAGCAGACGACAAUGACGACGACGACGACGACAUUCGAAAAAGUUUCGAAGUGGGCGACAUAGAAAUAGUCGAUUUUAUCGUAUCGAAACCCAACACGGCAAAAUUAUUAUCCGCAAACGAAAAUUGUUUGGAUCAAUUGUUUCCGAAACCGCGAAAACUCAUCGAAACGAUAAAAUUAGAAGAAUCCGCGACGGUCGUUCACCUCGGGUACACGGCAAAUUCUAUAUACGAUCUCAAAGCGGACGUGAAUAAAAAUAUAAAAGAAAUUCAUCAAAUGUCGGGGAGUCGGGGACAAAAAACGAAAAGAGUCCUGGACAAACGUAUGACAAAAAAAGAAACGAUAUUGCCGCAGAUAAAAGUCAAAAAAGAAGACAAGAAAUUAAAUUCGAUGAUAUCGUUGUUGGAUUUGUGGAAAAGCAAAAAAAGGGAAAAUGUUAAUAAUAAUAAUAAUAAUAGUAGUAAUAAUAAUAAUAAUAAUAAUACGGAUGUGGAAACGUAUCGCAAAAUAAAAACGACUUUGCCCGCGGGAAAAUUGGCGCCACUACUGAACAAGAAUUCAUUUCAAAUGAAAUCUGCCGGUGACGUAUACGAUCCAUUCAAACAAGCCGAAAGGCAAAUGAUGGCGUUAUUAUCGUGGCCUUCAAUGACAGACAUCAAAUCACCUAAUAAUAAUAAUAAUAAUACCAACUCAUCUCCCAAAACCAAAAAACAAAAUUCCAAUUUAGAAACAUCUCCCACGUCCGCAUUUAGUAAAUAUAAAAAUGAAAAAACGACGUCACCGACGACGACGACGACGACGACGACAAAAACAUUUGCCGCGUCAAAGGUAAAAAAAACACCCAAAACGAAUAAUAAAAGUUUGUUGGACAAAGAAAACGAGAAUAAAUCGAAAAAGAAUAGUAAUAAUAAUAAUAAUAAUAACAGGUUGGAAAAACCCGUGUACGAAUCCGCGGACGAUUGGGAAAAAAUAUUUGAAAAACAUUUCGAUUUCAAUCAAAACGAAAUGAACGAACAAAUGACGAAAUCGAUAAACACGGCUUUGGACGAAUUGUUAAAAAAUUCAAAUUCAAACAAAACCGGGAUAACGAGAAGGAAAUCGGGUUCGUUUGAAAAAUCCCCGGGGAAAAAUAAUCAAAACGAUUUUUUAAACGAUUCGAUAAUAACGGAAAUCUUGUACACGAGCACUCCGAAACAAAAUAUAAAAAAUCCCCGCGGUGGCGACGUUUACGACGACGACGACGACGAUGACGGCGACACCGUCGAUUUAAACGAAACUUUAAAUUUUUUAAAAAAAAUGGCGGAUAAAACGUACGACAGAAUGCCUACGUCGCCUCGCGAUUUCCUCGUCGUCGACGCAUUUGACAAAAAUAAAAAAAAAAAUCGAAAUUCCGGUUUGAGUUUGAGCAAUUUGAGUUUCGGGUCUCAAAUAUCGGACACGACACUCGCGGACGAAGAAGUCAUGAGAAGCAAUUUAGAAAUCGUCGGUAAGGCGGCCGCGGCCGCCAUAUUGAAAACGCCGCGUAGAAAAUACGCAAGAUCUCAAUCUGUUUUCGAGGAAAGAAAUAAAAUGUUAUUCGCAAAGACUUACGAUCCGAAUUUAUCGUCGUCGGAUGACGAUGACGACGACAACUACGACAGGGACGGGGAUUCGUUGCCGAAAAUAAUAAAUAAUAAUAAUAAUAAUAAUAAAAACAAUAUUAAAGAAAAGAAAUAUCCUACUAUCCGUAACAGUAAUAGUAAUAAUAAUAAUCCUAAAUCCUUACCUUAUAAUCAUCCUAAAUCCGUACCUUGUUCCCAUCUUUACAGGUCCCAGUCUGUUUUUGAAAGCAAAAACAAAGGCGAUGGAGAUCACACGGAUGAUGGUGGAGAUCACGUUUCCUCACCUGAAAAUAAUAACAAUAACAACAUGAACAACAACAGGAAUCGAAAAGGCGGGAAAUUACUAAGCGGCGAUUCGGCUUACAGCAGCUUAAACAGGAAAUCACCGCAAAAGCAUCAUAAUCAUCAUCAUCAUCAUCAUCACAAUCAGGAGGAUCGACUCAGUUCGACGAGCGGAUCCGAUCAAUCGAUACAUUCUUACGGGAACAACAACAACAACAACAGCAGCAGCAACAAUCAAAAUGAUGAGAAAACGUUGAAAUCCUGUCACGACGAGGAAAAUGUCGUUGGGAAAAAAAAAGAAAAUCCGGUGUUUAAAAUGUCGAAAUUUUGUCACGAAUGCGGUUCGAAAUAUCCGGUUCCUGUGGCCAAAUUCUGUUGCGAAUGCGGCGUGAAAAGGCUCAUCAUAUGA